AUGCCAACGAGCCUUAGGGACCGCGGCAAUGUAGACUAUAGGAAACCGGUGGCCGGAACGGGGACGCCGGCCUGGCUCAAGGCGGAGAACAAAAUUGUACUGAAACAUGAGGAGCCAGGCAGCCCAGAGCUGCGGCCGCAAGCGCUGAUGCACAAGACCGGCCGUCCCAGCGCUCAGGCAGGCAAUGGUGCGGCCAAGGCAGCGGCGGCAGCAUCUAAGGCCAAGGGCGUUGCUCAAAAGUCGAAAAAGGCCGCAAGCAGCGCCCCUGCACCUCCUGCUCCAGCCAAGGAGCGGAAGGCCGGGCGCGGCAGUGCGAGCGCCGCCGGAGCUCCGGGCAGCGCAGCAGCAACAGGUGCAGCAACUGGCACGGCCCCUGCAAAGGCGACCGCAGCUAAUGCCGCCCAUGGUGACGGGAAGACAGCCAAAGCAAAGACGGCGGCUGGGGCCGGCGUCACAAAGCCAAAGGCCAAGAAGGCUGCCCCCACAAAGCUGAAAGGGAAGGCGGCUGCGGCGGCACGCAAGUCGCAGCGGCAGCUCAAGGUGGCCGGUGGCGGCGAUGCGGCUGCAGCGGCAGCCGCGCGACGCCGGCAGCCUGAGCGCCCCGUGGCGGCGGACCCGCCUGCGGCAGCUGAGGCGGUGCCCAAAGAGCAGCCAGCAGGGAAGCCAAGGGGCGGCGCCAAGGCCGCAGCAAAGGCGAAGGCCGACAGUGCAAGGACCUCCCACAAGCGCAAGGAGCCCGAGACCGACCCAGCCGCACCCGCCGGCCCCUCAGCAGCCGCCGCCACUACCGCGCCCGCGCCGGCCAAGCGGGCGCGCAAGGGCACGGCAGACAGUGGGGCGGGUGCAGGGGCCGGCACGGCGGGAGCGGCGGCGGCCGGACCGAGCGGGAACGACGAGGCGGCCGUGCCGGCCGAGGCGCUGAUGGCACAGCACGGCAGAGAUUAUGCAGAGCUGAUGCGCCAAUACCGGCGGCUGCUGCAGGCCUACGGGUCCCUCAAGUCGCAGAAGAUUGGUCAGCUGGAGGGGCUCAUGGCGGAGCAGGACAAGGUGCUGCUGGCUGCCGCCGAGGACGCAAAGCGCAGCGAGGAGCGGUGGAAGCGGGAGGCGCGCGCGCAGCGCCAGGCGGCCGAGAGUGUGAACGCAGAGGACGCACGGCGGCGCAUGAAAGCGCUCCAGGACGAGCUGAUCGGGGCCAAGUCGGCGGUGCACGAGGCCGAGAAGGCGCUGAGACUGCGCGAGAUUGAGCUGCUGGAGCGCGACACGAGGGUGGCGGAGCUGGAGGGGAGGAUCAGGGCGGCCAGGGAAGCCGCACAGGCAAGCCACUAA